UUUUGUAUUCGUCUCCUAAUGAUGUUGUCCGUGUUGAACUUGAUUUCUACUCGAACCGAAUUUACCAACUUUAAGUGUAAGUCGUUGGAUAAGGAAUUUUCUGAUUUUGAGUAUUGCACUCUAAAGGCGGUAAAUCGUUCCUACAAGUACGUCUCUACAAAGGUCAAACUCUUUCAAGUUCCUAUUACCAAAGUUAAGGUUAACUUUGGACUUUAUAAAAGGUUCAGUGGUUAUAGGCCGUUCCUAUAUAAUAUCACCGUGGAUGCGUGUAAUUUUUUGAAAAACCCAAAGAGCAAUCCAAUAACUAGCUACUUUUAUGACUUUAUCAAGGAUAUAUCCAACAUGAAUCAUACCUGUCCCUUCGAUCACGAUCUUAUUUUGGAUAAGCUUUCCACGGAGCAUAUAAACCACCGUGUUACGGACAUACUAUCCUUUCCGGAAGGGGAUUACAUGAUGGAGAUGCAUUGGAUAGCAUAUGACAUAACCCGCGCUGUAGUCAAGUUAUACGUGUCCCUUUCAUAG